AUGUCAUUUCUAGAUCAACUUCCGCCAGAUUUGCGGGAAAAGAUUGAAAUUAUAAGCACCUCGAAUCCCUCAGCUAUUGACGUUUUCCAAGAGCUUUACAACUAUAUAAACAUAGAUCCAGAGAACAGAAAGAAGCCAAAAAAUUCCGGUUUGGCACCAGAGGUGACAGAAGAUUCGAUCAUUUUCCAACUGAGAGAUGUCUCGGUGCUCACGCCGUUUCGCAAAAAGCUAAAUCUAGUGAUUUCACUCUCACCAAUUUCAGGAAAGCCUACUUUGUCGCUUUCCAAGGACAUGGUCCCACAAUUGACAAUAUCGGAGCUUAAUAAGAGUGUCAAGUUUGCCACUUUUUUGCCAUUCCCUGAAAAGAAGAACGCUGUUUAUUUGUUCAUGAGCUACACCUCAGCUUUGGACCCUAACGCGAACGAGUACCUCUUGGUGACACUAAAUAAGGAGGCAACUUUGACUCAGUUGAGAAGUUCCGGGCUGAUUCCUAACGACGCCAAUGACAUUUCACCCUGCAUUGAUUACAUUCGGAAGCAAGCGAUAUUAGUUGGUUUCCGAGUUGCUGAUCCCUUUUCCGCGUCGAAUGUAGGCCCUGUCCCGUUCCAUGUGGAGGCUCAUCGGGGCACAAAAGAAGGUACGCUUUAUUUUUUACCCGACCAUGUCUUGUUCGGAUUCAAGAAACCCAUACUGCUCUUCUCAUCUCAAGAAAUUGAAUCUAUUACCUACUCAUCAAUCACACGGCUGACAUUCAAUGUUACUCUAAUUACCAAAAACGGGGAUAAAUAUGAGUUCUCAAUGAUCGAUCAAAACGAGUAUGCGUUGAUCGACGAUUACGUCAAGAGAAAGCAAGUUGUUGACAACUCAAUGAGCGAGGAAAAUAAAGCCAAAACGGCCCAUAAGGACCAAAACGCUGCCGAGCAUUCUUCUCUUCUUGCCGAAGCUGCACAGCAGCUUGAAAGUGGGGGCAAAAUUAGUAAUAUUCCGCUAGAAUCUGACGAUGAGGAGGCCGACAACGACUUCGAAGGUGACAGUAACUUGUCUGACGGUAGCGACAUAGGAUCUUCCGAGGAUGAAGAGGAGGAAGAUGGGGACGAAGAGGAAGAUGCGGCAGAAGAGGAGGCAGCAGAAGAAAAUGUCGAAACUGCUCUUAAUGAACAAGACCAAAACUUCUCGAACGAAGUGGACGAACAACAGUUUGAAUUAUUAGGAAAAGUCCACAACACUUUUGGUGCUGAUGAUUUUGACGACCUAACGCAAGGCAUCUCGUUCCCGAUGGAAACUGAUGGUGUUGAAGAUGAAGACGAUUCGGGGGUUGAAUAUGAUUGA